AUGACUGGUGCUGCUUCUUCUUCUGCGUAUACUCCUGAUCCUACAUCCCCUCUAUUUCUUAUGUCGUCUGAUGCGCCUGGCGUGUCCCUGGUUCCUGUACCAUUUUCGGGGAGUGGAUUUGGAGAUAGUUCGUGCCCUAAAGCUGCUGCCAAUUCCCCUGAUUAUAAACAAUGGGAUCGUUGUAAUAAUAUGGUGAUAUCUUGGUUAACAAGCUCAUUAUCACCUGAUAUAGCGGAGAGUGUUCAAUACUUUGAGACAGCCGAAAGUAUAUGGAAACAAUUAAAUAAUAGGUAUGGUAGUGUAAAUGGGACUAAAGUUUUUGAACUAAAAAGGGAACUUGCCUCUACCUAUCAGGGAUCCCUUGAUAUUGCUUUAUAUUUUACAAAACUUAAGAGAAUCUGGGAUGAAUUGGGAAUAAUGUGCAGUAGUCAUGCAAAUUCUUGCAAUUGUGCUGCUAAAGAGGGUCUCCAAAAGGAGAAAGAGGAGGACAAGGUCCAUCUGUUCCUCAUGGGAUUGAAUGAGGUUUACGUUGGUGUGAGAAGCAAUCUGUUAAUGAUGCAACCUCUGCCAUCCCUUGACAAUGCCUAUAACAUUUUUCUUCAAGAUGAAAAGUAA